UUGUGUUGUGGUUACGUCUCAUAACCACGACAUUUGUUGAACAGAACGGACGCUUUUAUUUUCUCUCCCAAUUUUCUGCAAAGUUUACCUAACUGAGCGAAGUAAUGAUGCUGAAAGUGCACAGAAUCAAAGAUAAGAGGAAGACUGAUGAUCCAGACUCGUUAGGAACCAGAGGUUCACCGCUCUUGGUGCCUGAUGAGGGACUGGUCUCUUCUGGACCUCAGAAGCAGGUGGCGCCACCACCCAGACAGACACGUGAUAACCCAGAUGGGGCCACAUCAAGAGGAAGAAACUCGCCUGACCAGGCUGUACCCAAGAAGAGACGGUGGCGACCAUAUAACAGAGUGUGGAGACGCGACCAGAAAUGGACCAGAGAGGGUCUGACGUACCCUCAGAAGUCACCGGUAUCACAACAGUCAGCUGAGCCAGGCGAGGACUUGUCAGAGACCAGAACACCACCACCUCUGGUGUCUGACGAGGUCGUUCCAAACAAGAAGAGGUUUUGGACAUGUAACCGUGUUUGGCGAAAAGACAAGAAGUGGAUACGAGAGGAGAAGACUCAGCAGCAGGCAGUGCCACCUCCUACCCCGGUACACAGGGACAACCCCACAAAGACACCACCGCUCCCAGUACCCAAACAGCAUGACCCACCCCCGUUUCUGAGGAAUUACUGGCGGAGAAACAGGGUAUGGAGGAGGGACAUGGUGUGGGUGAGAAAGCCCACACCAGAGCCAGAGACGCAUGCUACUGAUGAAGUACAAGAUCCCACAUUAGGACCCUCUUCCCAGGAGACUGGAUCCUCUCCCACCACUGGCACGGCUGGAUCCUCUCCCACCACUGGCACAGCUGGAUCCUCUUCAGCCCCUGAUGUCCCUCCUGAUGAUGGAGAGCCCACCCCACCUGCGGCUUCUGAUGUUCCUCCCCUCCCUCCCUCUGACAAAAUAAAGACCACCACUGACAGGAUGACCAAUGGCAGACAGAGUGAGGACCAGACAGAAGGGGACAGUCCCGGGGGUACCAGCCAGACCCACAAGAGCAAGGUAGAGGACCAGACAGAAGGAGACAGCCCCGGGGGUGCCAGCCAGAUCAGUGACCUGCGUUCUCCCUCUUCAUGCUGCACAGAGAAACAGCAGACAGGGGUUGAGAACAAGUCCACUCGGAAAAGGAAGAGGCCCAGUAGUCCAUGUGAACCAUCAAAGAGACAAAAGACUGCUUUGUUUUCUCUGAUGGAAACUGAGAUGGAAUGCCUGAUGCAGAUGUUCGCUUCCCUGAGCUUGUGAGCUCCGCGCCGGUUUAGGAAUUUUUACCUGUGUGGCUUUAUUACGACGUAAGAUGUUUGUGGUUUGGGUUGGUUUAGUUUUCUGGGGUUUACAUAUUGUCACACAGGUAAGUGAUGCUAUACCUCUUUGUAU